CGCGUAUUGUCAGGCGGGGGUUGGAAGAAUUUCAUAUUUACAGGUAGACGAAUUGAGGCAAUAAUGCGACUGGCUUCGCAUUCAUACCGGCUUCUAACAAAAUAACACCUAAUGAAUGUCACAGAGGAUCGCAGGAGAAUAAGUCAGUCUGCUGAAUCUUUGACCGAACGGAUUAAAGAUCUGCCUUGAAUAAGCUUUGAGGAAUUUAUUUCGCAGAACGCCGACAAGCAAGUUAAGGACGUAAAAAUGACCACUCAUAUAUUUCAAGUCAGCAGCUUGCUGAUAGAAAAUGCUGUGGAGAAGAUUAACAACAACUUUACUUCAAUGGUUCUCGCAACAUCUGUGUUUACCCUCACGUUGGGGUAUUUUUCCAAGCUGGUGUACAAACAGAUGAAGUCCCCGGAUAAAGACGCUAACCACCCCCCAUACAUUCCAUCAAGCAUUCCAUUUCUUGGCCAUGCGAUAGCUUUUGGGAAAAGUCCCAUCGAAUUCUUAGAGAAUGCAUACGAAAAGUACGGACCCGUCUUCAGCUUUACGAUGGUGGGCAGCACAUUCACAUACUUGCUUGGAAGCGACGCCGCAACCCUUUUAUUCAACAGCAAAAAUGAGGAUCUCAACGCAGAAGAUGUGUAUUCCAGACUCACUACACCUGUCUUUGGAAAAGGCGUGGCCUACGACGUACCAAAUCCGAUAUUUCUGGAGCAGAAGAAGAUGCUGAAAACAGGCCUGAACAUUGCCCACUUCAAACAGCAUGUGGAGGUCAUAGAGGAAGAGACCAAGGAGUACUUUUCCCGAUGGGGCGAAAGUGGGGUGAAAAACCUGUUUGAGGCCUUGUCCGAGCUCAUCAUUCUGACGGCCAGCCGCUGCCUGCAGGGGAAGGAGAUCCGCAGCAUGAUGGACGAGAAGGUGGCCCAGCUGUACGCUGACCUGGAUGGGGGCUUCAGCCACGCGGCCUGGCUGUUGCCCGGCUGGCUGCCCAUCCCCAGCUUCAGGCGGAGGGACAGAGCACACAAGGAGAUCAAGGAGAUCUUCUCCAAAGUGAUCCAGAGGCGCAGACAAGCCACAGAGAAAGAGGACGACAUUCUGCAGACCCUCAUUGACUCCAGUUACAAAGAUGGGCAUUUCCUGUCAGAUGACGAGAUCGCUGGCAUGCUGAUCGGGCUGCUCCUGGCCGGCCAGCACACCUCCUCCACCACCAGCGCCUGGAUGGGCUUCUACCUGGCCCGAGACCGGGAGAUGCAGGAGCGCUGCUACCGUGAGCAGAAGGCCGUCUGUGGAGACGACCUGCCCCCGCUCGACUACGACCAGCUCAAGGAUCUGAACCUGUUGGACCGCUGUUUGAAGGAGAGUCUAAGACUCCGGCCACCCAUUAUGACCAUGAUGAGAAUGGCAAGAACACCUCUGACAAUUGCAGGCUACACCAUCCCAGUUGGUCACCAAGUGUGUGUGUCUCCCACUGUGAACCAUCGCCUGUCUGAUACCUGGAAAGAGCGGAUGGACUUUAACCCAGACCGCUACCUUCAGGAGAACCCUGCAGCUGGGGAGAAGUUUGCUUACGUGCCCUUUGGAGCAGGACGUCACCGAUGUAUCGGGGAGAAUUUUGCCUACGUCCAAAUCAAGACCAUCUGGUCCAUCAUGCUGCGAAUGUUUGACUUUGAGCUUGUUGACGGAUACUUCCCCGAAGUGAACUACACUACAAUGAUCCACACCCCGACCAACCCUAUGAUCAAGUACACACUGAGGAGGCCCUGAGACCUGCUACUGCCCCCUAAAGACAGUAAAAAAGAAUCACAUUAAUUGUCGCCCGAGAGAGUGGAAUACUGAAUACGGACAUGAUUUCAACGAACCUGCCGUGAUUGGUGUGCUUGCGUGUGUGGGGGGCGAGUAGGCAGCCCUGUACGUUGUUUGUCACAAUGUUCAGUUCUAUUUUUGUAUUUCUAAACUAUAGUAAUAAUUUUGACCACUAAACUUGACGGAUCCUGAGAACUGGGGAGGAUGCCUUCUCAUUGGAGGCUUGCUGUGAUGGCCCAGUGUUUUUCCAAUGGGGGACGCACACAUGCUCUUCUAAUUCAUGAUCACAAACACUGAUGCCUCUUCUCUUUGUUUUCAAACUGUUUUUUUGGUGCAGGCUUAAGUGGUUCAAGUUGAAUAGAAAGAAGAAAAAAAAGCAGCUUGUUUAUUAUACUGAUACUUUAAAAUUGAAACGCCAGUCAAUGUAAUUUGACUUGAUUGCUGUUUUCUGUUCAAUCUGUUCAACACAGCUCUAGGCAACACACGACUGUCCGAUAUUGAGACAAAAUGGAGGUCUUUUGCACCAAACUGACCUUUAAAACAUGAAAAUAAAUACAUGUAAAUAAAAAGAACUAGUAAAGGUUCGACUCAUUAAUUGGUGAGAUUAUAAAUUGUUAAAUCAGAAAUGGAAGCAAAAUGUAGAAGUGCUACUAAGAGUGCAGGUUUGUUCAUUUUGUGAGGAGUAUGCUGCACAGUGUGCAUAACUAUGCUUUGUUACGAUUAUUUGGUGAAACGCUUUUUCAAAAAUUACUUUGGAGAGCAUACAGCUCCAAUGGCCGAACAUAUAUCAAAUUUAAACAUUGCAGUGCUUAUCAGUUUACAGUCCAUCCUAUUAAAUAAAAAAUUUACAAGAUUAAA